CCCAAGGAGACAGACAGGGGCAAUCCCACGCGUAUGGAACCAUAACUCCUGGUAACAGCCGCAUCAAGCCAGAGACUCCUACACAGGCGGUACAUGUGAUACGUGGGGCCAGGCUCCAGGGCUUCCCUUGUGCUCCCAUGCGAAAAGAACCCCCAAGGGAGCGGACGCCAGCUGAGACUAAAACAACAAGGGUCUGAAGACUAAGCCACAUCAUGGCGGAGGAGAGCCUGGAGACAGACGGCCACAGAUCCUCCAUGCCGGCUGAGCUCUGCCAUCCCCACUCUAAGUACUCUCAGUGGAAGUUCAAACUGUUUAGGCUGAAGUCCAUGGAGAAGGUACCUUUGCCCACUGAGACACGGCCUGAGGAAGGAGCCCUGUCAGGGAUCCCUCCUCCUGCAGCUUUAAACAUAGAGGUUGACAAUGGCACGGGUGCAGAGAGUGUUAUGAAAUUGUGCCUAGGGGGAAAAAGCAAGGAAAAUGUGGAGGGCCCUGGCCGGAGAGUUGAUAUGAAACUACAGGAAAUGGACACUCACAUGAACCAUCUCAGGUGCUUGUGCCGUCUAUGCGGAAUGGCCCUGCGAACAGUCAAAGGUCCGGUGCACGAUGUCAACGGGGAUCUGGAUGAGGUCAGCAAAGGCGCUUUGCGUAAAAUGGGCUGCAAGUUUACAAGCUGGCCAGAAGUUAUUCUCAAAGUCUUUAAAGUGGACGUGAAGGAGGACACCGAAUCCGUUCACCCUCUUUCCUUCUGCCAUCGCUGCUGGGUGGUGACCAUAAGAGGAGGAGGCUUCUGUAGCUUCUCCAGAACAAGAGUCCCUGAGUGGAAACCCCACUCUUCCACCUGCAACCUUUGCUCCCCCAGGAAACCUUCGUUUCAGCGGACUGGCAGGAAGAGGCGCAAAGCCAUUCCCAGAGCGCAGAGUCUGGCAAAAAGGGCCAGGAGGGACCCCGGCGAUUGCAUUGUGGUUGGUGAGAGGAAGGCUCUCAGACCAUUUGGAGACAACCGUCAUGGUCCUGUGCUAAGGGCACAGGGACAACUCAGUAUCCAGAGAGAGCACUGGGUGAAGAACAUCACCCACUGCCAGAGAGACCACCUGAAUACCAAGCUGAUCUGUGAGAAGCUCCCUGUAGACUUCCUCUAUUCUUUCACCUGCCUGGUGUGCGACCACCUGCUUUCUGAUCCGGUGCAGUCCCCCUGUAGACACCUCUUCUGCCGCAGCUGUAUUGUAAAAUACAACCGCGUCCUGGGACCUCACUGCCCGGCCUGCAACGCGUCCUGCGCUGUUGAGGAACUCGCCCCGCCCGCUAAAGCCUUCCUAUCAGCCCUGCAUUCCCUGCCUUUGCUCUGCCCCCGGAGCGGCUGUGGCCAGCAGUCCAGGCUGGACUCAUUCAGAGCUCAUUGUCAGGGCCAUGAUCUGGAUGAACAGGACGAUAAGCAGCCGUCAGCAGAACUCGACAACUACCUGCGAACCAACAAAGGGGGGAGACCUCGUCAGCACCUGCUGUCACUGACCCGCCGUGCCCAGAAGCAUCGACUGAGGGACAUGAAGAACCAGCUGAAGGUGUUUGCAGAUAAAGAGGAGGGGGGCGACCUGAGGUCUGUGUGUCAGACUCUGUUCCUGCUUGCACUGAGGUCCGGGAAUGAACACCGUCGGGCGGAUGAGCUAGAGGCCAUGAUGCAAGGAAGAGGCUUUGAGUUGCAUCCUGCUGUGUGCUUAGCCAUUCGCGUCAACACUUUCCUGAGCUGCAGCCAAUAUCACAAGAUGUACCGGACUGUCAAAGCCACCAGUGGCCGCCAGAUCUUUCAGCCCCUGAACACCCUGCGGGCCGCAGAGAAGGGGCUUCUCCCCGGCUUCCACCAGUUUGAAUGGCAACCAGCACUCAAGAACGUGUCUACGUCCUGCACCGUUGGCAUCAUUAAUGGGCUCUCUGGAUGGGCCUCCUCGGUGGACGACUUCCCUGCUGACACCACCACUCGACGGUUUCGGUACGACGUGGCUCUGGUGUCAGCUUUAAAGGAUCUGGAGGAGGACAUCCUGGAGGGGUUGAGAGAGAGCGGCAUGGAAGACAGCGCUUGCACCUCAGGCUUCAGCGUCAUGAUCAAGGAGUCCUGUGACGGCAUGGGCGACGUCAGCGAGAAGCACGGCGGAGGACCACCUGUUCCUGAGAAGGCUGUGCGUUUUUCUUUUACUGUCAUGUCUGUCUCUGUGCUGGCAGACGAGGAGGUGGAAGAAGUUACCAUCUUCACUGAGGCAAAGCCAAACUCAGAACUGUCCUGUAAGCCUCUUUGCUUGAUGUUCGUGGAUGAGUCGAACCACGAGACGCUCACAGCUGUCCUGGGGCCAAUAGUUGCCGAGCGCAAUGCGAUGAAAGAAAGCAGGCUCAUCCUCUCCGUGGGCGGACUCCCUCGCUCCUUCCGCUUUCACUUCAGGGGCACGGGAUAUGAUGAGAAGAUGGUGCGCGAGGUAGAGGGCCUGGAGGCGUCAGGGUCCACCUACGUCUGCACUCUUUGCGACUCCACUCGCGCGGAGGCCUCUAAAAACAUGGUGCUGCACUCCAUCACCCGCAGUCACGAAGAGAACCUGGAUCGUUACGAGAUAUGGAGAACCAACCCGUUUUCUGAAUCUGUGGAGGAGCUGCGGGACAGAGUCAAAGGGAUCUCUGCCAAACCCUUCAUGGAGACCCAGCCCACGAUGGAUGCACUGCACUGUGACAUCGGCAACGCCACAGAGUUCUACAAGAUCUUCCAGGACGAGAUCGGGGAGGUGUACCGAAAGGUCAACCCCAGUCGGGAAGAACGGCGAAGCUGGAGGGCGGCGCUGGACAAACAGCUCAGGAUGAAGAUGAAGCUCAAACCGGUGAUGAGGAUGAAUGGGAACUACGCCCGCCGGCUAAUGACCCAAGAGGUCGUGGAGGUGAUUUGUGAGCUGGUGCCCUCCGAGGAGAGGAGGGAGGCCCUGAGGGAGCUGAUGAGGCUCUACAUCCAAAUGAAGCCUGUGUGGCGCGCCACCUGCCCGGCCAAGGAGUGCCCCGACCAGCUCUGCAGCUACAGCUUUAACUCCCAGCGCUUCGCCGACCUUCUCUCCUCCACCUUCAAGUACAGGUACAACGGAAAGAUAACCAACUACUUGCACAAGACUUUGGCCCAUGUGCCUGAAAUCAUAGAGAGAGAUGGAUCAAUAGGAGCCUGGGCCAGCGAGGGGAACGAGUCGGCUAACAAGCUCUUCAGGCGUUUCCGGAAGAUGAAUGCGCGUCAGUCGAAGGCCUUUGAGCUAGAGGACGUGUUGAAACAUCACUGGCUCUACACCUCCAAGUACUUGCAGAAGUUUAUGGAAGCUCACAAGGACUCUGCUAAAGCUCUGCAAGCCACCAUUGACCCAGAAGCAAGUCAGGAUUGUGAGAACGUCUUCUCUUCUCUGGAAGUUAAUGACUUUUGAAUUUUAUUUAAUUAAUUGCAGGGAAGUUAUAUACUAAUUCAAUGGUGUCUUAGCAAUAUGAUUUCUUUUUCCCAAUUACAUUUCUUUACCAAUUGAUUUAUAUUUAGAACAAGAUUUUGAAAGAACAAUUUUUCUCAUUUUAUUUAGAUAUAAAUAUUUGUUUGCAGAUUUAAACUCACCUCAUCCUUUGUGUUUUUCUCACUACACAUUUUUAUAUUGGGUGUUUUGCUUGUUUUCAAUAUUUAGUAUUUGUACUGUCGUCUUCUUUACCGCAAGGCAAAGGGUUAGCAGAGGAAAAUGGAAGUAACUCACACAUUUCUGUUCUCUUGCUCUCAGGAACGCAGUUAUUUUUUUAUUGUCACUGUCUUUGAAAUAUGGCACAGUUUAUUGUAUUGCAUGGAUGUGACACAUUUAUGAAUUUAUAUAGAGGGGAUGUUUAUGGAAACAGAUGAAAGUGCUGUAAGUCACGGCAGGAAAUUGUGUUAAAAAGACCACAUUUGUGGCCACUGUAUUAAUAUAUCAUUUGAGCUGGAACGAAAUGCAAUCACAGGGACCCAAAUGUUCUUUGUUUCAUAAGUGCCCUCUCAAAAAGAUUACUUUAGAACUCUAUCGCGGGAUCCCUCAGGGGCAGAAUAGAUGCCAGUUUACUUUGAACCAAUUUUUAUCUCUUUUUGUAUUUGCACAGUGGAGGACAGGUGCUACUUAUUCUUAUUCUUCACCUGGAAUAAAGUGUAUACUGACCUUUUUUUUGAUACCAUAAAAAUCGGUAGGCCUACGGUCCAUUACAAAGCCUCAUCCCCCGGCAGGCAGGGAUUUUUCUCAAGUUCUCUACAUAACCUGGCACUUUUUCCAUGGCGGAUAUUUCGUCACUGCCACGGUCGACAGAGGAGAGGGAUGAGCACGAGCUAGAAAGACCCGAUGUAAACUGAUUUGUUGGCAACUGUAUUUGUUUGAUUGAUUGAUUAUCGCGUUUUUUUGUGACCUCAUCAUUUCAAAUUGUGACAGGCAAUUUUCUUUUCCUAUUUGUUUUAAUGUUUGAUUUUAUUUCCCUGUCGCGUUUAACCACGACAGCGGUGAAAUAUUCACAUUUCAUCCUGUAUUUGUCACUUUCCUAAAAUACCAUCGUGUUUUAGACUCACAUUUGUUUUUUUGCCAUAAUGAAUUGCAUUUCCAAAGUAAUGGAUGAUGGAUGAUUCACGCAAUUACACUGGCUCACUUUUCACACAUUUUAAACUGUAAUAUCACAUGAACUGUUUACUCUGUUGCUGAAGACUUAUUUUGGGUAUUAGUUUUGCCUACUUGUACUGUAUUAAACUGAGGUUCCACCACUUUAUUUUUUCAUUGUCCACGUUAUAUUACAUUCACUUUUUUCUUCUGUAUUUUUACUCAAGCAGACCACUUACCACCAUUUUGAUGAGUUAGCUUUGUGGAGGAGUUUAUACUUUUUGUCUUUUUUUCCCAUGAAAUCAUGAAUAAAGACAACAUCUGAAUUGA